AUGAUCAAAGAAAUCGACGACAUCCCGGCGCCCCUACUCAGCAGUACACCCGUCCAAAUGGUCCGAGGCUGGUACGUCGAAUCGUUCCAAGAUAUUCUGUCGCUGGAGUCCGUGGCGCAAAUAGAUGAGAACAGAGCCGAGGAGUAUGUCGAGAAGUUCACCCAGACUAUAUCGAUGAUACUGAAGCGACACGCGCCCGUGGUCGUGUCGAUCGCACAAGGAAUCUUAGAACUGAAGAGAACCCACGGGGAGCACUUUAUGGGCAGACCCAUUCAAUACUUUCUGGAUCGCAUUUACAUGAGUCGUAUAGGCAUACGCAUGCUCAUAGGCCAGCACUGUGAGUUGUUCGGCAACAAGAGCUCGCCCAAAACCAUGGUAGGCGUGAUCGAUGAGAGGUGCGAUGUACCAGCUGUCAUCAUGGACGCCAUUGACAACGCGAGGUUUCUGUGCGAGCAAUACUACUUUGCUUCGCCCGAUGUAUCGGUAGUGAUGCCGCAUCAAACCGAGGAGGCCUUCCGAUUCCCUUACAUCCCCUCGCAUCUGUAUCAUAUGAUCUUUGAAUUACUCAAGGUAGGGCUAGACGUCUUAUGUGCUUGA